AUGGCUACCCGGGUGUUGAGCAUGAGCGCUCGCCUGGGGCCCGAGGAGCCCGUCUUCGCGCAGCUCAAGCCGGUGCUGGGCGGCCGGGAAGGGCCCAUCUUCGCCCCGCCGGCUCCAGAAGAGCUCAAGCCGCCGCAGCCGCCCGGCGCCGCCCGGAUGCCCGGCGAGGAGAUGGUGCAGACCCGAUGCGAGAUGGAGAAAUAUUUGACCCCCCAGCUUCCUCCCAUGCCCUCCCUCUCCGAGCACAAAAAGUACCGGCGGGACAGUGCCUCGGUGGUGGAUCAGUUCUUCACCAACGGUGACGGGGUGCCUUACAGCGUCAACAUGAACCUCUACCUGCCGGACCUGUCCCAGCUGAGGACGGGCCUUUUCAAGGCCCCCAGGGGCCCCGCGACCCACAUCAAGACGGAGCCGGUCGGUGCCUUCAACCACCAGAGUGAGGCAGCUCCUGUGGCCCCCAACUCUGCCCAGGCGCUCCCCGAGUUUACGAGCAUCUUCAGCCCCCACCAGGCGCCGGACGUGAACAGCCUCUUCAUCAAGCAGGAGAUGUCUGCCGUCGAUCUGUGCCUCUCUGUGCCUCCGCCCCAGCAGGGCCAACUGUACCAGCUCCUCAGCUCUCCUGAUUUAGACCUGCCAAAUGCAGCGGGCAUGGACUCCCUUAGCAACGUCUCCCUGUCUUCCUCCAUGACAGGCCUGAACACCCUCUCUCCAGCCAUGUCCCAGACCCCCAUGAAACCGUUCCACGGGGUUCCUCCCUGCACGUACGCUAUGCCCAGCCAGUUUCUGCAGCAGCCAGCCACCUACUUCCCCCCUUCACCCCCAAGUUCAGAGCCUGGGAGCCCCGACCGGCAGGUGGAAAUGAUGCAGAAUUUAACCCCGCCUCCGUCUUACGCGGCCACCAUCGCUUCCAAGUUGGCCAUCCACAACCCAACCUUGACCGCCAGCCUCCCCAUGAAUUCGCCCAGCAUCCCGACCGUCAGAUAUAAUCGGAGGAGUAACCCCGACUUGGAGAAGAGACGGAUUCAUUACUGUGACUACCCUGGUUGCACUAAAGUGUACACGAAAUCGUCCCAUUUAAAAGCACACCUGCGAACUCACACUGGAGAAGGGAUUACAUCUCCCCUCAUCCUCAGCCAGCAGAAUUAUGGCGGCUGGAGGGUGACGGGCAUCCAUCAGCAUCUCUGA